AAUAUAAUUAAUAUACAUUAAUUUAUAUUUGAAAAUAUAUGUUUAAAAUGUUAUCAACAUAAUUUAGCACAAGAAAAGUAUAAGUUUUAUAGGUGCUUAAAAUUUAGAAUAAAUUUAAAUGGUAAUUUUUAAAAAUAUAUAUAUAAAAGCAUAAUUUACUUUUUUUAUUUAAAAAAAUCUGUAACAAUAAUUAUGAUUUAAUGAUUAUGAUUUACCACCUCCAACUACAAAAUUUAGGUGUAAUCUAUAAACCGCCGAAAAUCUAUUUAGUAGAUAUUGUAAAUCAUUUUAAAAAGUUCAAGUUGUGUUUCACUAAAAGUAAGCAUAUUUAUAAUUUUAUCUUGAGUGUCUACUAACAUAGUUUUGAAAAUGCUAAUAACAACAGCUAGCAUUCCUGUGGUAUAUUUGCUUCUGUACAACAUGAGAGUCUGAAAUUAGACUUUUAGCAACUAUCUAAUAUUUAUUAAGAUAUUCCAAGAACACUAUAAUAUAAGAGUUUUAACUACGGGCGAGAAUAUAAAAUUUGCUAUGCAAUUUAUAUAAAUAAAAUUAAAAGCUAACCUUAUAUAUUACUAGGCUAACAAGUUAAUUAAAACAUCUCAGCAGAAAACAUCUUUUUUUUGUCAACUAGAUAAUGAGAAAACAUCUUAAGAAGCAAAAGUCAGGGUUUUCCACUAUUUGGUAUAAGCUCUGGACUUGUGUAAAAAAAAAAGGUAUAGCUCUGGACAUGGAGGCACAGUCACUUUUAAGAGCCCUAAAACAAACAAACAACUUGGGUCCUUUAAAACAAUUUUAUAGAAGAAAACUGGAACUUUUUAGCCUUUUUAAGUAUGAACCAUUUUUAAAACGAUUUUAAAUGUGUUCACUUUAAUAAAACAUAUAUUUAAAUUGUGCUUAUUUAGAAAAGAAAAGUUUAAUGGGCCUUUCUUGUACUAAAGAUAACUGUUGCAACUCUGCCCAGUACUCUUGGAUCGGGUCUUGGAAAUGCCCACGGCUCAUUCGGUGAGUACGUGUUUUUGUACUUGUAAAAAAAAACAUCCCAGCAAAUAAUGCAGACCAGUUACAAGAUCAGUUGGACCUACCGCAAUUAGAUACAACAUUCAAUAUCUAAUUUUAUUAUUUAAAUCAAUUUCACUUUAUUCAAAACAAAUAGAAGAACAUAGUAUUCCGACAUCUGUUCCAAAAAAAAAAGGAUUCCGACAUCAUCAUCAUCGGACGAAGCCAUCGCCGUUUAUCAACGACGGAAAUACAGCUUGACGCCGUUAACUUAUCUCUCGAACUAAUAAACAAUCACUUGACGACGUAAGGGGUUACGCUUGUCGCCUGUCGGUUCGUAAUUGACACAAAUACCCCUCCGUCUCAUAAAAUUAAAAAACUAAUUUUUUCGCGUCAAUUACAACGCAACAAAGGAAGAACAACAAAUCCCUCUCUCUCUCUCAAUCUCAAUCGUCUACAUUAUCAUCAUCACCACCACCACUUACUGUGAGAGAUCCUCUCGAUUCAUAGUUUCUCACUAUUGAAAUCUGAAGACAUCUCUGUAAAUCCAUUCAAUCUGCUUCUUUUCCCCCAAAAGUCUGGAGAAAAAAAAAGUCUCUUUCUGGGCUUCUUCAUCGUCUUCCUUCCCACUGCGAUUUCGUUCUGAAAGGAGGAAGGAAUCGCGAUCUCGAUUGAAGGGUCUGUAGUGAUUGAGGUUUGAAGUAUCAUCAUUGCAGAAAGAGAUCAUCUUUCGUUUUUCGUCAAGCUCAAUCAAUGGAGGAUUGAUUAGAUUUCUAGGGUUUCAGAUUGGAACAAUGUACUCGAAGCAGUUCAUCCUCUCCUUCUCCUUCCUCCUCUCCCUCCCAAUCAUCUUCUUCAUCUUCAUCGCCCCACAUGUCUUCCCCUCCCCACCCACCGAGCCCCUCAUCCCAAUCUCCGACGAGAUCUCCGACCAAACCCUCUUCUCCUCCGCCGCCGCCUCCACCUCCCUCUCCCACCUCUCCUCCGGCUACCCUAACCCCAAGCUCAAGAUCGCCUUCCUCUUCCUCACCAACUCCGACCUCCACUUCGCCCCGAUCUGGGACCGAUUCUUCUCCUCCCACCCCAGAUCCCUCUACAACGUCUACGUCCACGCUGACCCCUUCGUCAACAUCACACGCCCCCAAAAAGGCUCCGUCUUUGCAAACGCAUUCAUCGCAAACGCGAAACGCACCGCGCGCGCCUCGCCGACGCUCAUCUCCGCGACGCGCCGCCUCCUCGCAACGGCCUUCCUCGACGACCCCGCCAACACCUACUUCGCAGUCCUCUCUCAGUACUGCGUCCCUCUGCAUUCCUUCAGCUACGUUUACACCUCCCUCUUCGAAUCCGCGACGUUCGAUAAGUCGGACCCGGAUCCGAGUCCGAGGGGGGUCCGGGUGUUGUUUCGGACCUUCAUCGAGCUCAUCUCCGACGAGCCGAGGCUAUGGAAACGGUACAACGCUCGGGGGAGGUACGCUAUGUUGCCUGAGGUUCCGUUUGAGAAGUUCAGAGUUGGUUCGCAGUUCUUUGUCAUGACGAGGAGACAUGCGUUGUUGACUAUCAAAGAUCGGGUCUUGUGGAGGAAGUUUAAGCUUCCUUGUUAUCGUUCGGAUGCUUGUUACCCCGAGGAGCAUUAUUUUCCGACGCUGUUGAAUAUGAAGGAUCCGGAUGGGUGUACUGGGUAUACCUUGACUCAGGUUAACUGGACUGGGACUGUGAAAGGGCAUCCUUAUACUUAUAGACCCAAGGAAGUGGUGCCUGAGUUGAUUAAGAGACUCAGGAGGUCGAGCCACUCUAGCUCUUACCUUUUUGCACGCAAGUUUACGCCUGAUUGCUUGAAGCCGUUACUGGCCAUUGCGGACUCGGUGAUUUUCAGAGAUUAAGUUUUUGCCGGAAAAAGUUUUGGUGCUUUCUCGCCUGCAAGCAAGUGGCAUGAGAAAAUUAGAGUAAAAUUUUGGACCGGAUGAGUAUUACGCAGGUGGGUUGUAGAGCAGAAAUCACAUUCAGGAGUAAGAAGAGGCAAGGGGAAACAAUCCUUGGGAGGCUUGAAACAAAAUAAACCAGUUUCAGUGGUACUUCAAGCGCACCCUUGUGAGUUGUUGUCACAUUAUAUAUAUAUCACACGAAAACUAAGAUUAAGCCGCUUUGAGAUUAUCCAAGUUGUAAUUUUUAUAAAUUUUUUGGUUCUUUUGGAUCUGGUGCUGUACAUAAGCAGAGAUUUUUUUUACCCCCAAGGUGUGGGGGGUCUGUACCAUUAUGAUUGUGUCAAGGAAAACUAUGAAGAGAACAUGCUAUUUUCUUGGUC